CCAGGUCGCCAUCGCUCGCCACAGCCUGGCAGUGACUCUCUGCAAGCUGGCGCUGCCCUCACGGAGUUGACGUUAAGCUCACCAAGUUGGCACCGAGCGGCGGCAAGCCGGCGGUGACCUCACCAAUAUGGCGCCGAGCGCUAAGCUCUGCAAGAGACCUCACUAAUAUGGCGACAAGCGCGAUAGGCUGAAUGUGACCUUACCAAGAUGGCGCCGAGCACGACGGUCUCGCUGUGACCUCAUCAAUGCGGCGCCGAAACACCGCAAGCCGGUGGUGACCUUAACAAUAUGGCGCCGCGGGCUGCCGCUGCAGGCAGCAAUCUGACACUGGCCGCGGCCGGCUGGCAAUGCCCUCACCGAGUCGGCACUGCACACGGCAGGCUGACAAUGCCCUCACUGAGUCGCCACCACUCGCCGCAGAGUUGCAGUGACCCUCUGCAAGCUGUCACUACUCUCACCGAGUUGUAGUGACCUCACCAAGAUGGCGCCAAGAGCGACGGACUUGCUGUGACUUCAUCAAUACGGCGCCGAGCGCCACGAGUUGGCUCUGGCCUCAUCCAUACGGCGCCGAAACUCCGCAAGCCGGCGGUGACCUCACCAAUACGGCGCUCAACGCCGCGGUCCUGGCGCUGCCCGCAGCAAGCUGGCAAUGCCCUGACCGAGUCGCCACGGCUCACCGCAGGCUGGCAGUGACCCUCUGCAAGCUGGCACCGCCCCCCGUGAGCUGGCGCUGCCCGCUCCUAGGCUGGCAGUGCCCUCACCACGACGGCGCCGCCGGCAGCGCAGGCUCGGCGGUGACCUCACCAAGAUGGCGCCGACGUCCCGCCUGCGACGCUGACCUCACCAAGGUGGCUCCGGGGGCGGUUCCUGCCGACCCCUCCCCUCUCACAUGCGCAGAGCGCUCAGGCCUGGCCGCAGGGAGGGGCGCAGGGGACAGAGCCACUCUGAAGGCUGCCCGGGGGGCGUCUGGGCCCUGGAGGUGGGAGCUGAACUGCUUUGCCCCAGCCCAGCUGCAGAUCUGCACUCAGCCUCAGCCCCAAGCCCUGGCAGGGUGGGAUGCUUUGGUACCAGGCCGUGGAGCUGUUUGAAAUGCAAUUGCUGCUUGCAGCUGGUUCAGAAAUGGAUUUCCUGUGGCUGUGGGGGCAGAAAUGUCUCUGUGGCCCGAGCAGGUCUGAAACCCUGCCACGGAGAGGCACAGGCCCCGCAGCAGUGCCUGCAUUUCAGCAGCUGCCCAUCGGAGCUAAGCACAGCCUCGGCUCAGAGCUCAGGAGCAUGUCUGCUGGGCAGUGCUGGGGGCCAGGCGUCCCUCCUGUGUGUGCAUGGCCCACAUGGCAGCACCCUGCAGUCAGAGCUGACUGUGUGCACUGGAGGUGGAGUGUUGGAGUGGGAUCAGCUCAGAGCUCUGCAAGGUUUGCACUUUGCUUUCCACUCCACUGGCCAAGCCAGCCAGAUGUGCAGCAGCAGCAGGAUGGGCACGAGGGCCCCAGCUGCUGCGGUGAAUCCGUCAGCACGGACGCUGGUGCCGCUGCAGCCUGGCCCUGCAGCCUGGCAGGGUGAUCUCCUUUGGCUCGGCUCCUGUGGGCUCCAGCUCUCUCCAGCAAGCAUGGCAUGAGCUGAAGGAGCAGCAGGAGCAGCAUGGCCGUUCCCCAGGCAGCAGGAGGGUUCAGCCCAGCACCAGCUCAUGCGGGAGGAGCAGAUGCUGAGGAACAUCCCCCACGAGACGCAGGUGGCCAAAGAGGCUGGGUCAGCCUGUCAGUGGCCAUCUGCAAGCUGGCACUGCCCUCACCGAGUGGGCACUGAUCUCACCAAGAUGGCAUUGAACGCGACGGGUUGGAGGGGACCUUAUCAAUAUGGCGCCGAGCGCGACUGACUGGAAGAGACCUCACCAAUAUGGCGCUCAGCGCGACGGGUUGGUGUGACUUCACCAAUAUGCGCCGAGAGCGACGGUCUGGAUGUGACCUCACUAACAUGGCGACAGGAGCGACAGGCUGUAUGUGACCUUACCAAGAUGGCGCCGAGCGCGACGGUCUCGCUGUGACCUCAUCAAUGCCGUGCCGCGGGCUGCCGCUGCCGGCAGCAAUCUGGCACUGGCCGCGGCAGGCUGGCAGUGCCCUCACUGAGUCGCCAGCAGUCGCCGCAGGCUUGCAAUGGCCCUCUGCAAGCUGGCACUAGACUCACCGAGUUGUAGUGACCUCACCAAGAAGGCGCCGAGAGCGACGGACUUGCUGUGACCUCAUCAAUACAGCGCCGAGCGCGUCGAGUUGGUCAGACCUUACCAAGAUGGCGCCGAGUGCGACGAGUUGGCAGUGACCUCAUCAAUACGGCGCCGAAACGCUGCAAGCCGGCGGUGACCUCACCAAUAUGGCGCUGAACGCCGCGGUCCUGGCACUGCCCGCAGCAAGCUGGCAAUGCCCUGACCGAGUCGCCACCGCUCGCCGCAAGCUGGCAGUGACCCUCUGCAAGCUGGCGCCGCCCUCCAUGAGCUGGCACUGCCCCCUCCUAGGCUGGCAGUGCCCUCAUCACGACGGCGCCGCCGGCAGCGCAGGCUCGGCAGUAACCUCACCAAGAUGGCACCGAGCGCGACGGGUUGGACGUGACCUCACCAAUAUGGCGCCGAGCGCCACAGGUUGGACGUGUCCUCACCAAAAUGGUGCCGAGCGCGACGUGCUGGUGUUGACCUCAUCAAUAAGCGCCGAAACGCCGCAAGCCGUUGGUGACCUCACCAAGAUGGCGCCGACGUCCCGCCUGCGACGCUGACCGCACCAAGGUGGCUCCGGGGGUGGUUCCCGCCGCCCCUCCCCUCUCGCAUGCGCAGAGCGCUCAGGCCAGGCCGCAGGGAGGGGCGCAGGGGACAGAGCCACUCUGAAGGCUGCCCGGGGGGCAUCUGGGCCCCGGAGGUGUUUCUAGUGCCUCACAUUCAAGCCAGAAGCAUCGAAAAACCAAAACAAUCUUUCAGUCCCAUGGGAAGAUUUCUCCCUAGGCCUUUCUGGUUUUUUCCCGGACUUCUAACAACAACAAACUGCUCGCCGAUAUAGCCUCGCCUCGGGCGGACCCCGAGUCGCAGAGGCUAAAGCCUGCAUGCCUGGACCCUCAUCGGGAGAAAGGGACUCCCUACCAAGCUACAGACUGGAGCUGAACUGCUUUGCCCCAGCCCAGCUGCAGAUCUGCACUCAGCCUCAGCCCCAAGCCCUGGCAGGGUGGGAUGCUUUGGUACCAGGCCGUGGAGCUGUUUGAAAUGCAAUUGCUGCUUGCAGCUGGUUCAGAAAUGGAUUUCCUGUGGCUGUGGGGGCAGAAAUGUCUCUGUGGAGAGUCCCAUUUCAUUCUUGAUGCUUUCUUUAAGAGAGGCAUACAACUGAGCUCCCUCAGAGAAGCAGCAUGAAGUGCAUGAAGGAUGCUGGCUGCACUCAGUACAGACAAGGCACAUGGGAGUAGGUUAACAAGAUGCUUGACAUUUGCCCUUAAUGGUCAUUGUCUUCAAAUGCAUCAUUCGGGAGUGAAGUUGCUUGGCAUUUGCAGUUGACUACUUCUUCUCUGGCCUUUGGAGUGAAGGAAGGGAAAAACCAGAGUUGAAGAUGUCAGCUCUGUAAGUUUUCUCUGGGUGAUCAAAGCAUGCACAAAAUCCUGUGCUUGUGCUCUGGAAGAUUCUAGGAGCUUCCCGGGGACUCAGGGAGCACAAGUUCUGAUAAAGAAAGAUGUGAAUGGAAGCAGGCUCUGACUGCUCUGUGUAACUGAUGAGAAGCUUUCUGAAGGAGUUUUGGCUCGGGCUAGUGUGAAGUGUCUCUGGAACGAGGUCCUUGUGGUCCCUUCUGACCCUGACUGAUUCUGUGAUUCCAGCAAGCAGCUUUUGACUUAAAAACCCCUGAGGUCACUGCAGCACCUCUCUAUGGAAUAAAAGAAAGGGAUUUUGCUGCACUGCUGAGAA